GCUCUGUUACAUUUGUUUAUUUUACAGAACUUUUUCAAUAUUUCAUUACAACACUUUACAUCUUUUGAAGUUGUAUAACUUGAAUUCGAUCCUUUCAAUUUGCGCUUCAAUCCAUCAAAGGAUCGAGAACUUCUGUCAUGGGUUCUUCACAAGAAGAGGGGAUUAAACAAGAUGUCUCACAGACAGAAAGUGAGAACGGGUCUUUUGAGAUUAAGGUAUUGUUUUUUGCACGAGCUAGAGAUCUAACGGGGUUGAGUGAAAUGAAAUUUGAAGCGUUGCCUGGUACUACUGCCGGUGAUUGUUUAGAUAAACUUGUUGUCAAGUAUCCGGGCUUGAAAGAGCUCCGUGGAUGCAUGGUGUUGGCAUUGAAUGAGGAAUACACGAGUGAGUCUGCACUCGUGAAGAGUAGAGAUGAGUUGGCUAUUAUACCUCCCAUAAGCGGAGGCUAGAAUCAAAUGUAUAUAUCCACAUAUUCAAGUUUCUUUCUUGUUUAAUGAUACUUAUAAACGUCUGAUCCUGUUUUACAUAAUGAGUGUAUUGUUUACUUGAAUGGAGUUACUUCGAGCUUUGGGUACUCA